GUGCGUCGGUCACAGGCUGCCUGCCUUGCUACGAUCUUCAUUUCCCUUCUGGUUGACCCUGGAGGAGGAAGGAUGGUGCUGGAUCUAGAUUUGUUUCGGGUUGAUAAAGGAGGGGACCCAGCCCUCGUCCGAGAGACGCAAAAGAAGCGCUUCAAGGACCCGGGACUGGUGGAUCAGCUGGUGAAGGCAGACGGCGAGUGGCGAAGAUGCAGAUUUCGGGCAGACAACUUGAACAAGCUGAAGAACCUAUGCAGCAAGACAAUUGGAGAGAAAAUGAAGAAAAAAGAGCCAUUGGGAGAUGAUGUGUCCAUUCCAGAGAAUGUAUUAAAUCUUGAUGACCUCACCUCAGACACUUUAGCUAACCUGAAAGUGUCACAGAUCAAAAAACUCCGACUCCUCAUAGAUGAAGCCAUCCUGAAGUGUGACGCUGAGCGGAUAAAGCUGGAGGCAGAGCGGUUUGAGAACCUCCGAGAGAUCGGGAACCUUCUGCAUCCCUCUGUGCCCAUCAGUAAUGAUGAGGAUGUGGACAACAAAGUAGAGAGGAUUUGGGGUGAUUGUACAGUCAGGAAGAAAUACUCUCACGUGGACCUGGUGGUGAUGGUUGAUGGCUUUGAAGGAGAAAAAGGGGUCGUGGUGGCUGGGAGUCGAGGGUACUUCCUGAAGGGAGCCCUGGUGUUCCUGGAACAGGCACUCAUCCAGUAUGCCCUUCGCACCUUGGGAAGUCGGGGCUACGUUCCCAUAUAUACCCCGUUUUUCAUGAGGAAGGAGGUGAUGCAGGAGGUGGCACAGCUCAGCCAGUUUGAUGAAGAACUUUAUAAGGUGAUUGGCAAAGGCAGUGAAAGGUCUGAUGACAACUCCUAUGAUGAGAAAUACCUGAUUGCCACCUCCGAGCAGCCCAUUGCUGCUUUCCACCGGGAUGAGUGGCUACGGCCGGAGGAUUUGCCCAUCAAGUAUGCUGGCCUGUCCACCUGCUUUCGCCAGGAGGUGGGCUCCCACGGUCGUGACACCCGUGGCAUCUUUCGAGUCCAUCAGUUUGAGAAGAUUGAACAGUUUGUCUACUCCUCACCUCAUGACAACAAGUCCUGGGAGAUGUUUGAAGAGAUGAUUACCACUGCAGAGGAAUUCUACCAGUCUUUGGGGAUCCCGUACCACAUCGUGAAUAUCGUCUCAGGUUCUUUGAAUCACGCUGCCAGUAAGAAGCUUGACCUGGAGGCCUGGUUUCCGGGCUCAGGAGCCUUCCGUGAGUUAGUCUCCUGUUCCAACUGCACAGACUAUCAGGCUCGCCGGCUCCGAAUCCGAUACGGGCAAACCAAGAAGAUGAUGGACAAGGUGGAGUUUGUCCAUAUGCUCAAUGCUACCAUGUGUGCCACUACGCGCACCAUCUGCGCCAUCCUGGAGAACUACCAGACAGAGAAGGGCAUCAUCGUGCCCGAGAAGUUAAAGGAGUUUAUGCCACCAGGUCUCCAAGAACUGAUUCCCUUUGUGAAGCCUGCGCCCAUUGACCAGGAGCCAUCAAAGAAGCAGAAGAAGCAGCAUGAGGGCAGCCAGAAGAAAGGGGCGGCGAGAGAGGUUGCCCUGGAAAGCCAGCUGCGGAACAUGGAGGUCACCGAUUCCUGAACAUUCCUUCCUCCAGUUCUGUCAGCUGGGAUCCAGAGCCUGCCCAGGAUUACCCUCAUCACACGCCCUGUCUGACUGCAUUGCUAAAACAGAAACCAUCUGCCAUGUACAACAAAGCUUUCCUGUCUGUUCACAUGGGCCUAGGAUCCAGUCACUGAUGACGGAUGAAACCAUGUAAUAAAGCAUCUCUAGGGGAAGGCUAGGGCUCCUCUAGUCUUUUGCCUGGGGCUUAAACCCUG